ACAUCGGCCUCGGUGAGGUUGUCGUGGUGUGGGCAGGACGAUCACUUGCUAGAAACUCAUUGAUUUUAUCAUUCAAGUCGUGGCGGGGCACUGCCAAACUGAGUCAGUCCAAGAUGGAAAUGAAUAUCACCGUUUGGGUAUGCACGAUCGUGUUUAUAGGGCUAGUCGAGUCGAUGGGCCCGAAAAUGGGAAUGUCUUCACCGAGGUCUACUACAGCUCCUACAAUCGCAACACAGCAAUAUGGCAAUUGGACUACGUGUACACCACCCACGGGUAUCGCUAAAACCAGGAUGAGAGUCUCGCUGCACAGAGUUAACUUAACCAAUGGCAGAGAUCCUUGCUCGAUGACUGGUUGGCUUGCCGAACCCGUCAAUCAAACACUAAAGGAGUGCCUCAAAAAUGCGUGCAAUGGGAUCACCAAUCAACGGAGCAAACCGGUGUGGGUCGGUCUACACGGAACAGGUGUUUGGAGUUGGAUGCGCUCUUCUACAUUACUAGCACAAGGGACAAGCGUCGCUGGUUCCGGACAGAAUAAACGCUGCGCCACGUACACUUUCCCUGGUCCCGAGAAUUACAUGGCAUCUUCUUGCGAUGAAUUGAACUACUACGUAUGCCAAGCGUUAGUGAAACCACUGAAAAAUACAACCGCGUUAAACGCGACAUCAAGUUCCCUGCCCACUACCACGAACGCAAAUACGAAUGUGGACUCCGUUACUCCGACACCGGCCAUAUCCAGAAGAACUUCCGCGCAGUCCGCCACCACAACACAAGCAUCGCUAUCACCUUCAACGUCAACAACCACAUCAAUGUUGAAAUCCCUCACGACGGCACCACCCUUCCUGUCGUCGCUACCGAAAACAACAAUGUCUCAGCCGCCCUUAACCACAACAAAAUUGCAGCCUUCAAUUGCAUCGCAAUCACAUCUGACGUUAGUAACUUCAUCAACGUUACAAUCGGGCACAACGAAACCUAGUGUUCAGUCUUCAGGAGCAUUACCAACAUCAUCCACGCCACAAAUAAUUACCAAUCAACAGUCAAUUCAGUCGACCGUAGCAACAUCGCAUCCCUUUACGUCUAAUGAGAUAAGGUCCAAUACAGUUACACGACAUGUUCCCACUUCAAUGGCCCCAGCACAUAUGACCCAGCCCACAAUGUCGCAACGACAUACAUACACCACGCAGAAUUCGCCAAGAGUCUAUUCUCGUCACUCCUCCUGGCAACCAAUACCAACACCAACUGAUUUGGGGGACCAGUCAGUAACUAAGGGCACACCAUUUGCGUCCAACACAAGCGUUGUUGCAACUGCUGGGGAUGCUGACGACAAUCUAGAGAAGCCCGUUAAAGAGCAACAGAACUCCGCCACACCUAUUGGCUCCGGUGUUGCCGUCUUGGUUGCUGUCGUCUUAGCCAUUGUGAUCCUCGUUGUAUGCAAGAAACGGCAACAAAGAAAGCUUGGCCUUUGUUCCCAACACGGUCCUGUGGUACUUCAGAACAACCUUGCGGCGGAUGAAAUGCGGCAAUCAAAUUGUCAGAAUGCCCAUGGUGCGGUCGUAAACGAACCGGAUCGGCUACAAGAUGGAUUCCAGGGCAGUCUCGAGGAUGCUGCAUCCACCAAUGGCUGCUCUAUAUUAAAUCGUGCAGAAUCAGGUACUGCAAUUACGGAGAGCUCCUAUGCGGCGAUCGAUGCAGAUAACGUUAAAGCCAGCUCUAGUCUGGUUGCUAUGAAGCCAACACAGGCUCAAAUAGACAGUUGCACAACGAGUGAAGAUCCCCAAAACCAAUCCACCGAGGCCACGGGGCUUCAAGCCGCUGCUGAACACAGCCACCUCGAAUCAGUAGACAAGAUGUUUACGUAUGAAAGUGCGUUCGACAUUCAUCCACUACGGCCUAUGAACCAGACGGCGCCCGUGACUUUCGCUGAUGCUUCAAUGGACCAAAGAACGAUUCGAACCAAAGAUGAGAGUGCAGAUGACAGACAGAUACCCCUGCAGGCCGUGACAAGCAACGGGGUUUACUGUCUGGCAGGUGAGCCUCACCCAAGUGUUGACGAUGGUGCAUACGAGAACGCUCUAUCGCCACACCAGAAGGCUAUGAAGACUGCAUCUGACCAAGAUUUCAAUCCGGAUCAGUACGAUAACGUCAAGUUUGUGCCCGGAGCUGGGAAGCACCAGACGACGGCAGCAAAUACAGUGGAGUCUGUUUACGACAACGAAGUGAUACUUGUCAAGAUGGAGCCCACUGCUGCUAAUGACCACACAUAUAACACUCUCAGGGAGGUAACAGAGCCCGUUCCAGUCCAGCCGACGUCACCAUACGACGUAUUGGAUCGUUCUCAGGUUCCUGUCAAUGAUGUCACCCCCGAGUCUGGAAAUCCACAAUCACCUUGGAUGGAGCCCACUGCUGCAAAUGACCACACAUAUAACACUCUCAGGAAGGUAACAGAGCCCGUUCCAGUCCAGCCGACGUCACCAUACGACGUAUUGGAUCGUUCUCAGGUUCCUGUCAACGAUGUAAUUCCCGAGUCCGGAAGUUCAACAGAACAAGCCAAGGCGAAUGCUCAUCAAGACGAAUGCACGUAUGAUAACACUCCACAGAUAGCGAAGCAUUGAAUGUUCCUCUUAAAACUAUAAUUUCUCAACUUUUAUUUUCAUCUUUUACAAUAACUAUUAAAGCCCUGCUAAGGAUCGAAACGUGUUCCAUUCAUGACAGGCACAUCUGGUUUAAAUAUGUCGCGUCGCCACUGGCUUUUCCACCAUGCGUGUAAAAUUAUAUUUUACAUUCCAUAAAAGUACAACGCCCUAUUCAAUCACUUUUUGCCAUUCAUAAAGGUUUCAACACAAAGGUACCCGUGUUCAUUUUUUAACUUUACAUACACUUGAAGUUCUCUCCGUUUACGAGGAAACGUUAGGGGAUUAUGACAUCAUCAUUCAUUUUCUGUGGUCAUAUUGAUUUUUUUUCUUUUGUCUCCCUAUAAUUCCGAUGGAAUGGUAAGUUUCUGUUUUCCCGAUGACCUUUCAUAUUCGCCUGGUGUGUUCCCAAUUCUGAUUUUUUCCUCAGCUACAUUUUCAUUUCUUGUAUCUUCCCCUAACUUAUCAUGCCACUCAUCAGGGUGAUGACUGUUUCUUCUUCACUUCUCCCAUGCACCACUAAGUAUACUCGUAUCAAGGAUAU